GGAAAACGCGAAAAGGUGAAACCCACAAAACAGCGCAAAAUUGAAGGAAAAAAAAAAAAUUUUAAAUACGCGUCAGGAACAAUGCAGAAAAAAAUUCCCACGCACAGGAAGAAUAUAUAACCGCCACUUGCGCAGGAAACGAAUAUUUUUUAUUGCAAAGCUUGGAGAAAAAAAAGCCAGAAUUAAUUUUUUACAAACAAUUUUGUGGCAUAUAAAAAAAAAAAAAAACAAACAAAAAAGAAAUAAACAGCCAGCCAGUGAAUACCAACGGAACAUAUACUUCCUCAUUGAUCACUUGCUAAUUAACUUCUCUUCUCCCCUGCGCAGUACCAUCUGCUUUAUAAACUCCAGUAGAAAAAUAGUAGUUCGCCAAAAAUGUCACUACAAGUGAUGGACCAAAACGAUUUUCAGCACAUACUGAGAAUCUUGAAUACCAACGUUGAUGGAAAGGAAAAGGUUACCAUUGCCUUGACGGCCAUAAAGGGAAUUGGGAAGAGAAUGGCCACUGUGAUUUGCAAGCAGGCCAAUGUGGACUCGACCAAGAGAGCAGGAGAACUCACCACGGAGGAGAUAAAUAACAUUGUGCACAUCAUGAAUGCCCCAUCUCAAUUCAAAAUCCCCGACUGGUUCUUAAACCGAAGGAAGGAUGUAAAGGAAGGAAAAAAUCUGCACGUCAUUGCUAACCAACUGGACUCUUACCUACGUGAGGACUUGGAAAGAAUGAAAAAAAUCAGACUGCACAGAGGUCUACGUCACCACUGGGGACUGAGAGUUCGUGGUCAACAUACCAAGACCACUGGACGAAGAGGAAGAACUGUUGGUGUUUCCAAAAAGAAGGGAGCGUAAAUGAAUUAUCAG